UUCAUCACAACAAAAAAUAAUUUUUUUUAUAAAAAAAAAAACAAAAUCGUAAAGGAGGUCACAGCAUAAAUGAUAUACCUUGCAUGGUUCUCUAUAUCUGUACAGACUACAAACCAUUAAAAACGCUAAAAACUAAAGCACCAGCCACAGCAGCCGCCAGUCGUACUUCCUAUAGCUGUCAGCCGGGCGAUUUUAAUUGUGUAUCCCAUCCUCAUACCUGUAUAGCGCCGCAUAUGGUGUGUGACGGUAUACACGAUUGUACCGAUCAUUCAGAUGAAUUUAAUUGUACAAGAGACCAACAGGUCAAUUACAAACGAUGGAAGAAACACUAUAAUCAACCUUUAAAGCCUUUAGAUGCUUUCAAACGAAGACACAAAAGAAAAUAUCAACAAUUGAAUAGAAAUAAUCAGAGUUUAGCGGGAAAAUUAAGCGCUGGUAUUAGACCAUUACCCUAUUAUCCUUCUACAAUUGUCUCUACCACUCCUCGAGUACGUGAUGCCAUGUUAAGAGUCGAUCAACAACAAUCAAAAUUAAGAGUAGGUGAAUCCACCGAAGUGGAAUGUUAUUCCUCGGAUAACAGUUAUACCGAUGUUAUAUGGGAAAGAGCUGAUGGUGAGCCUUUACCUCCUAAUCUACAACAAAUUGGCAAUCGUUUGAUUAUUAAUCAUGUUACUCCUCAUGAUGCUGGUCGUUAUGUCUGCAAGUGUAAGACAGAUGAGGGUGAUCUUUAUACCACCAGCUAUGAGCUGGAUAUUGAGGCUAGUGUUCAUGAAUGGAAACAUCCAAAGAUUGUGCAUGCCGAUGUUGGUACUCGUGCUCAGUUGAUGUGUAAUGCUGAGAAUGCCUAUGAGGGUCCCAGCUAUAGGUGGUCGCGUCAAUAUGGUCAAAUGCAAAUGGGUACUGAUAUCUUGAAUGUAAGUAUGAAAACUACACUUUGAAAUCAGGAUCCUUGU